GGGUGUCAGCCACAGAACAAAGCCAAGUGAGACUCCUUCAGUACCUCCCUUUCUCCUCACCCUCCCAGGCAGAGCUGCCUCUGACCCUGCCUCUGGGCACCCUCCCAGAGUUGCAGAAGAUGAAGUGGACGGCAUCGGUCCUCGCCUGCAUCCUUCAAGUGCAGUUCCCAGGAGCAGAGGCACAGAGCUUUGGUCUGCUGGAUCCCAAACUCUGCUAUAUGCUAGAUGGAAUCCUCUUCAUCUACGGAGUCAUCGUCACGGCACUGUACCUGAGAGCAAAAUUCAGCAGGAGUGCAGAUGCUGCUUUCCUUCAGGACCCCAACCAGCUCUAUAACGAGCUCAACCUAGGGCGAAGAGAGGAAUAUGACGUUUUGGACAAGAAGCGGCCUCGGGAUCCGGAGAUGGGGGGCAAACAGCAGAGGAGGAGGAACCCCCAGGAAGGCGUGUACAAUGCACUGCAGAAAGACAAGAUGGCAGAGGCCUACAGUGAGAUCGGCAUGAAAGGCGAGAGGCGGAGAGGCAAGGGGCACGACGGCCUUUACCAGGGUCUCAGCACUGCCACCAAGGACACCUAUGAUGCCCUGCAUAUGCAGACCCUGCCCCCUCGCUAACAGCCAGGGGAUUUCUCACUCAAAGGCUUCACCUGCUGACGUCACUUGUGAAGGACGAGGACAAAGCAUUUACAACUCAGUUUAUUAACUUCACAGACACCGUUUCCUGAAGAGGAUGCUUCUCCCACUUGUCACAUUUGUCUUCUCCAGUCCCAAAGUAUUGUACAUAGAAUGUCACCCCUGGACUCUCUAAAGGGAGAGCUCCCCUCGCUCACACCCCAGCCCUGUUCUUGGGUCUCCUGGCAGGCCCCUCUCCCUGCAGCGUCCAGCCCUAGCCAGGAGCUGGGGGGUGGGGCAUGAAUACAUUCCCUCUUGCAGCUAGCGGGAGUUCAGUUUGCUUUGUAAAGUCCCCAGAGACGCCUCAGGUACUGACUGCAUUGUUCCAUUGAUAUUGACUCACUUUGCUCCUGCUGUAAAUUUGGCUUCUGUUGUCAUACUUCCCAGUGUCAAGGUAACAUGUAAUUAGGUCACAUUGUGAAAGGCAGAGAGGCAGGUACAAGGGAACCCAGGCAAGUGUCAGCCAGAGGUGGUGCAAACAAGGGAAGCAACAUGCAAGGAAGGUUCCUAGCAGAGGAACAGUAACUAGGGGCCUCUUUCUAUCAAGGAUACCUUCCACAUCUCCCAGCCCGUGCCAGAUACUCCAGGAAUGUUAAGAUGUCUUACCUUCACAGAGAACACGCUUUUAGAGUGCAAAUAACUUGUGUAUCAACUGGCGAAGAAGAUAGGGUAUGUCAUAACUGCCAAUGACAAGGGGGUGAGGGAAAAGGGAGCAAGUCCUGCUUUCUUCCAGGAACUCUGUUCUUCCCCAUCCAGUGGCAGGAAGACCCAGACCACCCAGUUCUGUAGUGCUCCCACAGUAAUGGCACAAUGACAGUCAGUGGACAGCUACAUCAUUGUGUAAUUAAAG